AUGCACUUCCUCAACUACAUUGCCCUCCUCGCAGCUCCUGCCAUGGUUGCGGCCACCCUCGACCCAGCCUCUUCCAACACCAAGGGUUACAAGCCUAGCAGCCUGAACUGCAGCGCCGCCAAGGUCUCCAAGGCCAUCCAAGCGGCCGAGUGCUCCCACAACACCCGUACCUCCUCGACCCAGACCUUCGCCGUCUUCGAGACUGACCACCAAUACGACUCCAACAACGGCGCUCCCUACGGAACAUGCAGUGCUUACACCUGCACUGCCCCCACCAGCUCUGAGUUGGAGGAGAACUCGGACUACUGGGUCUUCUACUGGGGUGAUGAGGGAGAGAGCACCGGAUACGGUACAACCUGUAUCAAGGACCCCCAGACUGGAGAGUGUGGUUGCGAGAACUCCGAUGGCACUUUUGUUGCCGGCAGCGACAGCUGCUCUUAA